AUGCCGCCUCGCCUGCUCGUCGGCCGCGCCCCCCUGCAGGCCGCGCGUGCCCGCCAUGGCCGUCCACGCCAGGAGGAAAUUUCAAGCCCCAUAGCUGCUCAUAUUCUUGAUUUCUAUGAUGGUGGCCUUGGUAAUGACCUCUUUGCUGCGGCGACUACCACCUCCGGUCCAUUUCCUGCCACUGACGAUGACGUUUCUUCGUCUACCACUACCACCCCUCCUAUCUGCAGCUACAGUGACGACGCUCCAGCUGCUGGUGCCACAGCCUACUCCCCAUUGCCAUCCUUCGACACCACUCUCACGGCCCUCCUUGAGGAAGAGCAACACCAUGGCCUUGACACGGAGCUCCUUCCGCAGAUCGAUGGCCUUUCAGAAGUAGCAUACUAUCCAACUGCCACCGAUGAGGCCAGCAUAGGGCAAUUCAACCAGAUGGGACUUCCAGAGACCUUAGCUGAACAGGUGCCUCCAUUGCAAAUGAGCACCAGUGCAUCUGCCUUGAUGCCACUGACUUCAGACUAUGAUGAGUGCUACACAGCAGCGUUAGCUGGAGGGUUCAUGGGUCUGGAAGGAACCAUGUAUCAGCAAACUGGAGCAAUUCUUCCAGGCUGCAAGGCAGAAGCAUCACAACAGGGAUUCUUCAAUAGUGCCAGCAGCAAUAGUAUGGUGAUGAUUGGCGAGUAUCAGAAGAUGAUUGAAGGUGAAGGACUGACCACAGCAUACAACGACACAGAUUCCAUGCAAGGGACAUUUAAUACUAAUGCAGAGAUGCAGGUAGGAGGAAAUAAUCAGCACCUCAUAAACGGAUGCAAUGGGAACCCAGCAACGUUACCUCCAACAGAACUAUCAGGAUUGGAAGACUCCACAUUCAAGGUUGUCCGCUUGUCACCUGAAGAGAGAAAGGAAAAGAUCCAUAGGUAUAUAAAGAAACGGAACGAGAGAAAUUUCAGCAAAAAAAUAAAGUACGCUUGUAGAAAAACCUUGGCAGAUAGCAGGCCCCGUGUCCGUGGAAGGUUUGCAAAGAAUGAUGAACUCUGUGAAGCAGCACAAUCAGGCUCCCAGAGUCAUGAACAUUAUGAACAAACUGACCAUAUGAAAGAAGAAGACAUGCUGGACACAUCUGACAUUCUUGCGCAACUGAGUGGAUUAAAUUCCUACAACUACAAGUAUAAAUGCACCAUUGAAUCAUGGAUAUGA